CCGUACAACAGUUGAAGUAAUGAACGAAGCAGAAACCCUGUGUUUGUAAAUUCACUUUGUAUUCCUCUAUUUUCAUUGUUUUUAAGUGUGUUUAUUCGGAUCUUCCCCUUUUUCAGCAUCUAGACCUUAAUUUUCGAUAUGUGAAUCAGUGAGAUUUCAUUCUGUUUGUUUAGUGGAGAAAGAGAAAAGUUUUAUGACAAGGAAAUACAGGCGUUGCUGAUUCUUACCAUUCUAUCUCCUCAUUCGCCAUGGCCAAGUUCUUGGAAUGUAUUCUGUGUUUAUUUAAGCCCGACUCCGGUGGCGGUGAAGACGUGGAGGUGAAGGCAUCGCCUACAUUGGAUGAGUUGAAGACCCACUUUCAAAAAGCAACCAUCGAUGAUUUGAUCGACGGCAUCAAAGAGCUCUUGGAAAUAAAUAAGGGUCUAAAGACCAAACAUGAUAAUCCAAGCACGAGUUCUGAAUCGGCAUCCACCAAAGAGAAGCCGCUGUUUAAAUUAAUCGGUGGGAAGAUUUUGAAAAUUUUCAACAAACGUAUGGAGAAAAUGGCUGGAAAGGUAGAUCUGUUUCAAUCUGAUGGCGAAGUACCACAGGUUGUAUCAGAGAUAUUAGAACAAGUUGGAAAAGCUCACUGGACAGUAGCAGGGCUGUCCAUGAUAGGAUAUUUGCUAUCAAAGAAAGGGAAAAUGUUAAAAAAUCAGGGUGAAUGUUUAGAGCUUUUGCAACAUAUGUUUGAGCUUGCUAGCCAUAUUAAAAAUGUAAAACACCUGCUCCAACAGGAAGCGGAGAUGCCAAGAAAAGCACUUGAUUUGAUCGCUAAGGGAUCCAUGAUCUGCGCUUCACAGCUUAAAUCUAAAAAGUUUUUCAGGUUAAAAUAA